UUGGCUAUUUUAAGCAGGGAAGUUUGCCGGCGUGGUAAGCAGCCUCGCUCACAUUGGUGUCCCCCGUACGCUCCUGUUUAGCCUUCCCGCUUCUGCGCAGCUCGACCCGGCCAAAGCUAUUGAGCUGUGUCUAUUUGCCCCUUGUGAGCAGCAUGUCUGAUUACGGCGGUUUGCCGACGAACGGAGUCGGUGCUGGGAUGAAAAAAGACGCUUUUGCUGAUGCUGUACAACGAGCCAGACAGAUUGCAGCUAAAAUUGGUGGAGAUGGUGUUCCCUCGGUGAGCAACAAUGGAGGUGCUGAGAGCUAUCCAUUUGCAGCACAGAAGAGAUCCCUGGAAGAAGCAGAUGAACCUGAUGCUAAGAAGGUAGCAUCUCAGAGCGAAAUAGAUUCUGCAUUGUCUAUUGGUGCUCAGCUGGCUGCCCUCUCCCAACAAAGUGUUAGGCCCUCCACAAUGACAGAAGAGUACAGGGUACCUGAUAGCAUGGUUGGUCUCAUCAUUGGCAGAGGAGGUGAACAGAUUAACAAAAUACAGCAGGAUUCUGGCUGCAAGGUCCAGAUUGCACACGACAGUGCUGGUCUUUCAGACAGAAGUGUUUCUUUGACCGGGUCACCAGAUGCCGUACAGAGAGCCAAGGCACUAAUCGAUGAAAUAGUGUCAAGGGGUCAUGAGUCGACCAAUGGGCAAGCAGGUUCCAUGCAGGAGAUGAUCAUCCCUGCAGGCAAGGCCGGCCUUAUUAUAGGCAAAGGAGGAGAGACCAUCAAACAGCUACAGGAGCGGGCUGGAGUUAAAAUGAUUCUUAUUCAAGAUGGAUCCCAACCACCCAACAUUGAUAAACCCCUGCGCAUCAUUGGAGACCCCUACAAAGUGCAGCAAGCAAAGGAGAUGGUUAAUGAGAUUCUACGAGAAAGGGAUCAUGCAGGUUUUGGAGACCGGAACGAAUACGGGUCAAGGAUGGGAGGAGGUGGUGGCAUUGAUAUAGCUGUGCCCCGCCACUCCGUGGGAGUUGUAAUUGGCCGAAGUGGAGAAAUGAUCAAGAAGAUCCAGAGCGAUGCUGGAGUGAAGAUACAGUUUAAACCAGAUGAUGGUACAGGUCCUGAUAAAAUCGCCCAUAUUAUGGGUCCACCAGACCAGUGUCAGCAUGCUGCCUCAAUCAUCACCGAUCUGCUACAGAGCAUCCGUGCUCGAGAGGAGGGUGGGCAGGGGGGCCCCCCAGGUCCUGGUUCAGGGAUGCCGCCUGGUGGACGAGGACGGGGUAGAGGGCAGGGGAGCUGGGGUCCUCCAGGAGGAGAGAUGACCUUCUCCAUUCCCGCUCACAAAUGUGGGCUUGUCAUUGGCAGAGGAGGAGAGAAUGUCAAGUCCAUCAACCAACAGACGGGUGCAUUUGUGGAGAUAUCUCGUCAGCCUCCACCUAACGGUGACCCAAACUUCAAGCUGUUCACCAUCCGAGGGUCCCCGCAACAGAUUGACCAUGCCAAGCAGCUCAUUGAAGAGAAGAUUGAGGCUCCAUUGUGUCCAGUGGGCGGUGGUCCUGGUCCAGGAGGCCCAGCUGGUCCAAUGGGUCCCUAUAAUCCCAACCCUUAUAAUGCAGGGCCUCCUGCUGGUGCUCCUCAUGGAGCUGCGCCUGGUGGCCCCCAGUUCUGUCCUCAGGGUUGGGGAAAUACCUAUCAGCAGUGGCAAGCCCCAGGUCCACAUGACCCCAGUAAGGCAGCAGCAGACCCGAACGCAGCGUGGGCAGCCUAUUAUGCACAGUAUUACGGCCAACAGCCAGGGGGUGCGAUGGCAGCCCAGAAUCCAGGAGCCGCUGCAGCAGUACCAGGAGAUCAGAGCCAAGCAGCACAGGCCUCUGGAGGACAGCCAGACUAUACUAAAGCUUGGGAGGAGUACUACAAGAAGAUGGGCAUGACCCAGCCAGCUGGAGGGGCAGCAGCUGCUCCAGCUGCAGCAGCAGCAGCAGGUGGAGCUGCAGCUGGAGGACAGCAGGACUACAGCGCAGCCUGGGCUGAGUACUACAGACAGCAGGCUGCCUACUAUGGACAGGGAGGGCAGGCGCCUGCUCAGGCAGCUGCUCCACAGCAGGGACAACAGGCCCAGUAAACGACUGUCUUGGUCUGUUGGACGGUUACGAUGGCUGUCUGGACUUGUUUGUUUUUUCUAUCAAGAAAUUUCCUUUUUGGCUUUAAUAAGACAAGACCACGGUUUACUCAUCCACCCAGACAUUUUCUAUUCCCAACUUGUUUGUUUUUUUAAUGUCAAAAUUGAAAAAGGGAACACAUUUUGCCCAUGCAUUGAACAAAGCACUAAAUAACUACUUGGGUUACAAUUCAGUUUGCCCAUGAAUCAGUUUUCACCUCACCCACAUCUUGUUAUACAUCUGAUCCUUUUUUUAAAUGUGAAAUAAUGAGCAUCUUUGCUUGCAAGCUAGCACAACAGCAUCUCAACACUGACUGACAUUUAAGUAGUUUUUCCCUGUCAAUUUCCUGAGGGUAAAAACAGUCUAGCAGUAUUUUGAAUAUAUUCAGAAAUUAUGUUUGUAAGAAAAACAUACAGAAAUGUUGGCCGUCUUCUUUUCUUGUCCUUGGUACUUUUUUUAAAAAAACCUUCAUUUUUAAGAACAUUCCCAGUUGCAGGUGAAUUUCUCCCUGCUAUCAAGAUUUUAGUUUUAAUUUUAUUCAUUGUAAUUAUUUUCCUUAAGGGGGUCGUGUGUGUCUGUGUACUGUAUGCUACUGAACAGUAAGUUGACUGUAAUAAGGCACUAGCUGUCCUACUGUAUGUAGGUUGGUUGUGUGUGCAUGUAUGUGUUUGUGUGCGUGACUGCCCUCUGUUUAAUUUCUUUAUUGUUGGAGAUUUUUUUUUUUGUUCCAAUAGGUUCUGUUACUGU